AGCCAGAUUCAGCUUCGUAAACGAAGCGGACAACUAGCGAGCUAACCGUUAUACAAAUACUUUCAUUACCCUCGUAAAAAAACGUUUUAAAAUUGAGAGUAAAGCAUUUGCGGGGACAGUUUCAGAACGGUAUAACUUAGUAUCUAAAGACAUUUUCUUUCUAAUUACGUAUUUAACGGUUUCAAUUAUCGUAUGUAACGUUAGCUAACCACUAGCAAACUGGUUAGCCUUUCAGUAAGGCUGUAUUGAUUCGGGUGAUAACGUUAGUGAGCAAAAUGAAACUUAACUGUUUGGUCAGUAUUGUUAGUGACCGUCUGCGAACAAGAGGAUGCAUCUUAGUUGAUAUUUUUUAGUUUGUUUCGUCACUUAAUAAUUAUCUAACGUUGCUAGAAAACAAAAUGUCUGUAAUCAGAUCUUUACGAAUCAGAUAAACGUGCUAGCAGAUAACGGGUUGAUCGAAAACACGAAGACUAUCAAUCAGGAACGUCAGUAAUCGGCCAGAACGGCUGUCAUGAAAUAACAAAUCCCAGUUCAAGCACUUGGGGUGAAAUGUUCAAUCUGAUGGCUAACUGCUGCAACUGGUUGAAACGAUGGAGAGAACCUGCAAGGAAGGUGACAUUAGUAAUGGUUGGACUGGACAAUGCUGGAAAAACUGCUACUGUCAGAGGAAUCCAGGGAGAAAGUCCUUUAGAUGUAGCACCUACAGUGGGCUUCUCAAAGGUGGACCUGAAGCAGGGGAAGUUUGAGGUCACAAUCUUCGACCUGGGUGGCGGGAAGCGUAUCCGCGGGAUUUGGAAAAACUACUACUCUGAGUCUUACGGAGUGGUGUUUGUUGUGGACUCCAGUGAUGUUCAAAGGAUCCAGGAGACCAGAGACACAAUGGCUGAGGUUCUCCGGCACCCUCGUAUUGCAGGCAAACCUGUAUUAGUACUGGCUAAUAAACAGGACCAAGAUGGGGCAUUGGCUGAAGCAGAUAUCAUUGAGACCCUGUCAUUGGAGAAGCUGGUCAAUGAAAAUAAAUGCCUCUGUCAGAUUGAACCCUGUUCUGCAGUGCUGGGUUAUGGUAAGAAGGUUGACAAAUCCAUCAAGAAUGGUCUUAACUGGCUGCUCAAUAACAUUGCCAAGGACUACGAGGCAAUUUCAGAGCGUGUGCAAAGAGAUACAGCUGAGCAGAAGGCUCAAGAAGAAAAAGACAAAAAGGAAAGAGCAGAGAGAGUCCGACGGAUCAGAGAGGAGAGAGACAGACAGGAGCGAGAAGAAGCAGAGCGAGAAGGAAGGACAUUGAAAGAGGAAGAUCUAGAUGAUGUUGACAUGCCCAACCCUUUCCAGGCAAUAAACAAUGUUGUUAAUGAGAAUGAAGACAGACUAAACAAAGAGAAAGCGAUGCAAAGACAGAGAGAAAAUGGCCAGCAGGGCAGUGUGCAAGAACAGACAAUCCUUCAAGAUGAGGAUGAAGAUGAAGAGGAGGAGGAUGAAGAGAGCAAGAGACAGACCCCAGAGAGCACAGAAACAGGAGCAGUGGACCAGAACAAAAAGAAAACUAGGAAAUUACGAUUAAAACGUAAGCACAGAGUCGACCCUCUCAAAGUGGAAGAAGCAGCACCCAAAAGCCCAACCCCUCCUCCCUUACCAGUUGGAUGGGCUACUCCUAAAACUUCUAGGCUCCCCAAACUUGAGCCUCUUGGAGAUACAAGACAUUCUGCAAGCCUCAGCCACAUCCUUCCUGUACAAUCAUCUGUCAACAGAAAUACCACAACCAUCCACCUUAAUACUGUGCCUAAUAAAAGCUACUAGCAUGAUCUCUUUAACACCUCACUUACUGCGCUGUGACUAAUGUGUGUUAUUUGAUUCCUGAUGCAUACAGGAAACAUUUUGGACAUUCUGAAUGCUGCAUGUAAUGUUCGGUGUCCUCUUCUGAAUGUUAAACCAGUCAGUGUGUCAUUUUGAUCUAUGAAUUUUAUGAUGUAGUGUACUCUUGUAGUAUUUAGUUAUCUGAUCCUUGAUUUGAAAAAAAAAAGGACAUUGCUGACCUAAAUCUUUUUUUUUCCCAUGACUCUCUUUCAUUGGCAGAUUUCCUUGGCAAACCUCUCCCACCUGUAGCAAUUAGGCAGAGGCCGAACAGCGAUACUCAUGAUGUUAUUUCCUAACACUGCCUCUGCUUCCCCCCUGACUGGUUUACAAUUCUCAAGGGUCCCAACCAAUCAAAGUAUUAUUUUGUUCUUAUCUUCAAGCACGGGCAGUAUAGCAAACUACGCAGAUGCAAUUGCUCAGAAGUGAGGAACUGAUACCCAAUCGACAAACCCAGAUGGAUCACAUGACCUCGAGCACCUAUUGACUGGUGGUCAGAAGAAGCUGUGUUUAAAUGAGAUGGGGGACAUGGACAUUUAUGAUCAGAUAAUGUGUUCAAAUUUUGAAACGUUUUACCAUUUGUUUUCUUUGGAGCCGUUUGUCUUGUUUUUAUCGAAAUACUUCAAAUCAGUAUUAACAGACAUUUAACUGAAUUAGGACUUCUUUGUCAAAAAUAUAUCACAGACCUAUUUUUUUUUUAAGAGAACUGAAAUGUAUGUAAAUACACAAGUUUAAAUUUGUGUACUUGAAAUUGUACAAACAUGUUUUUAUGGUCCACAUGCAUAUCUUAAACUCUUAUAUAAUGUGCAGUUGAUUGUGACACAGUUUGCCUUUUAAAUAUCAUGGUCUAUUUUUCCAGCAGCAUUUAUAGAUUUAUACACUACGCUGUCCUAAUUUUGAGAACGACAUUCAUACUCUCAAACAGCACCAGCAACAGAUACAGAGAUCUGGAGAAAGUGAACUUUUAAAUGUGAUGGAAAAUGUUUUUGCAAACCCAUUGAGUUUGAAACAGCAUUUUUUUGCUUUAUGGCACACUUUGCUUUAUUAGGAAGGGAAACAUUUGCCAUCUUCUGAAAGAUGAUGAGUGGGUAAUUUCAUGAUUUAUUGUAAAUGUAACAAUACUCAACAUCAAAUAUAAAUGCUUAUUUUAAUAUAUGAUGUCAUUUAUUGUAAACGCUGCUUUCAUAUUUAUUUGAUGCUAUUGCCAUUUUUAUAUUUCACAUUGUUUGAUGUUUUGUUUUGUAUUUUACCCCACACACUAAUAUUAAGUUGAUGCAAAGUGCUGUGCGUCAUCCAGUUUGCUCUGCUUUCGGUACCUGCGCCUUUUGUACCCAGUUUACACUCAAUAUGAACGUCAAAUAAAUGACUGAAUAAAUAAAA